UCUACUACUAUAUAUUAUAUAAUAUUAUUAUUAUAUAUUAUAUAUUAAUAACAAUGGUUUUAUUAGAGAUGAGUAACGGAAUCAUGGAGAGUUUAAUGGAGAUCUCAGUUCAGAACAACAGCACAUUUAUUAUUCUGUCAGCUACAGCCUUCAUCCUCAUCCUGACUUAUAUAUAUCAGUUAUUUAUCAUCAAUCAUCAUACCACACAGCAGGAGAAGAAUCCUCCCUACAUCCCGUCCACUCUACCCUUCCUGGGUCAUGCCAUCGCUUUCGGGAAGAGCCCCAUCGAGUUCCUGGAGAACGCCUACAAGAAGUACGGUCCCGUCUUCAGCUUCACCAUGGUGGGGAAGACCUUCACCUACCUGGUGGGCAGCGACGCCGCCGCGCUGAUGUUCAACAGUAAGAACGAGGAGCUGAACGCCGAGGACGUUUACUCACGACUCACCACGCCCGUGUUCGGUAAAGGGGUCGCCUACGACGUCCCCAACCACGUGUUCAUGGAGCAGAAGAAGCUGUUGAAGACGGGUUUGAACGUGGCCAGAUUCAAGCAGCACGUAGAGAUGAUCGAGGAGGAAACCAGAGAGUACUUCAACCGCUGGGGGGAGAGUGGAGAGAGGAAUCUGUUCGAGGCCCUGUCAGAGCUGAUCAUCCUGACGGCCAGCCGCUGUUUACACGGUGUGGAGAUCCGUGGCGUCCUGACGGAGAGCGUGGCUCAGCUCUACACCGACCUGGACGGCGGCUUCACCCACGCCGCCUGGAUCCUGCCCCAGUGGAUCCCUCUCCCCAGCUUCAGGCGGAGGGACCGCGCCCACCUGGAGCUCAAGAAGAUCUUCUACGAGGUGAUCCAGAAGCGCAGGAGGAGCCAGGAGAAGGAAGACGACAUCCUGCAGACGCUCGUGGACGCCACAUACAAAGACGGACGCCCUCUGAACGAUGAUGAGAUUGCUGGGAUGCUGAUCGGUCUGCUGUUGGCUGGUCAGCACACUUCGUCCACCACCAGCGCCUGGCUGGGGUUCUUCCUGGCCCGGGACUCGGCUCUGCAGGAGCGGUGCUACAGCGAGCAGAAACAAGUGUGUGGAGAACAUCUGCCCCCCAUCACCUACGAACAGUUGAAGGACCUGACUCUGCUGGACCGCUGUCUGAAGGAAACUCUAAGAUUACGACCACCAAUCAUGACCAUGAUGAGAAUGGCUCGAACCCCUCAGAAAGUGGGUGAGUACACCAUUCCCGCCGGACACCAGGUCUGUGUGUCUCCUACAGUGAACCACCGACUCCACGACACCUGGAACCAUCGCCUGGACUUCCACCCCGAGCGCUACCUGGGAGAGAACCCCGCCGCCGGAGAGAAGUUCGCCUACGUGCCCUUCGGAGCAGGACGUCACCGCUGUAUCGGCGAGAACUUCGCUUACGUCCAGAUUAAGACCAUCUGGUCGACGCUGUUCCGUCUCUUCCAGUUCCAGCUGGUGGACGGAUACUUCCCCACCAUCAACUACACCACCAUGAUCCACACGCCCACCCAGCCCAUCAUCAGAUACACACGCAGACCCCGGCGCUGAGGGGGAGGAGCCUGGAGUCUGGGGCGUGGUCCACCGAGACGGGAUAUAAAUAUAGAAAUGCUUCAUGUUUCAUUAUUAAAGAUCAUUUUUUAA